UCGACGCCCAUACACGCGACCGACGGCGACGAGGUCAAACUGAUCGCGCGUCGCUCACACACUCCGCAAUCUCGCUCACGCCGGCCACGCGGUGCAUUCGUAACAGCACGGGCGGCGGCGGCGACGUCUAGCUGCCACGCCACGCUUACUGCGCGCGAUCUGCUCCAGCCAGGAGGCAUGCGCGUCGCACGAUCAUUGUCGUUGCCGUCGUCGGUUUUUAUGCUAUGUCUCAUGCACUCGGUGCUUUAGUAUUGUGCCGAUCUCUCCGGGCGAUCGUCGUUACCGUCGCCGUCGUCGAUUGAUUGAGAAUUCUCGCGGUUUGCAAACAAUUAUUAGCGGACGUUAGUGCGAUCUUCGCGUCAGAGCUAUCAUUUUUUGCGGUAUUUCUUGUUCAAAAUAGAUCAGAACUUUUGCGGACGCUGUCGUCGCGGUUAUCGUCGCGUUACCGUCGCGUGUGCAUUUUGUUUACGUUUGAGGCGCGUGCGAGCGUCUGUGUCAAACGCCGUCGCUCGGUUCGCGAAACGUUCGCGUUUGUUGUGUUUAGUGGGUGUGUUUGACAACCGGAAUCCGGCUAUAAUUAGCGAUCGAUCAGCAGCGCUCCUAGGAGGAAGCUCUCUCGCCGAUCCGGACCACAACCAACACUUCCUGCAGUGGUGAUGCAGCAGCAGCCUUGCCGUAGUUAACUCGAGCCGAGCCAAGGACGGCGGACAAUGUCAUCCCUGCGGAAGUCGGCUUCGUUCCGGUCGCGGAUCCCGGUUCGGCGGACUCGAGUGGCGUCGCGCCGGUGCGUAAGCCCUCAGCCGUCGACGUCGACGGUGACCAGCACCGGGUCGAUAUAUGAUGGAGGCGGGGGAGGAGGAGGACCAGGAGGGAGUGCAGGAGGUGGACGCCAAUGGUACGAACGGCGCUAUUCAUCCUCCAGCUAUACCAGCAGCGACGAGAGCCACGACGAAUCGGAAUCGGGGCCACUUAAGCUGUUACUCGGAACACAUCACCAUCACCCAUCGGGGGAGGUACGUGACAUGACCAGAGGAGGUGCCUCCCGAUUGCAGCAACCGCAGCAGCAGCAACACCUUGUCAUUGGCAACAAUCUGAGCGUCUCCACGGAUGCCAUCAGCCUGGACGGAUUGCUGGACUGCGUCAGCAGCGGGAGCUUUUCCAGCCCGCCGUCACCGAAGGCAGGGGCUGGAUGCAGGACGAUCGGAGGCGAGGAUGAUUCUGGCAUCUAUCAAAAUGACCCCCGCCGUCACCAUCACCAUCGCGGAGACAAUGGCGACGCUGGUGAAAGGAUUAUUAUCAGCCCCGGCGAAUCCUCAUCCUCUUCGUCAUCUUCGCUGGACCGAUUGAAUUAUGCUCUCGAAACGCUCAAAAUCAGUGACACGACGACGAGGACAUUUCACGACAGCCAACGGCCACCACCGGCGGCGCCACUUAAUCAACAGUACGAGAAUCUCAUUAACGAGCCGUCAAGCGACCAGGAGCGGCCUCUUGAAGACGCCGAUUCCCGGAAACAAAGGAAGCUCUCCGAUUGGUACUACAUCAAGACCAGUCCAACGAAGCACACCAAGAAGCCCUCCGCCCCGGCCAGUCCUUGCGUCCAACGGCGGAAUCUCGCCGGCCACGGUGGCAGUUCUCCACCGCCACUUCCACUGCCGCAGCAGCUUAUGUCGCCGCCGCCGGUCGGAUCGGAUGGUGGCGCCGCCACCCGACAGGGCCAAGUGCUGCUCACAAAAGUUUUAAUUGCCAGUAAAUAUUCCUCACAGGCUGCUGCAGCCGGGGCACAAAACGAUUCAAACUUGCCAAACAGCAAUAAAUUCUCAUCCCCGGUGUUGGGUUCGCGCCGAUUCGGAGACCAUGGGUCUCCACCGAAGCCGAUUCUGCCACCGCAAGCUGCACCUCGAUGGCACUUUCCGGUUGCUGGUAGUGGGGUGACUUCGACGGUGGUCGAAACAACGGCCACCACGACUGCAGUAAAUGAUACAAAUCUGUCGUCCUCGGAGCGGAGAAAGUGUUUCAACGUGACCCGAACAGGUAUAACAUCCGGUUCGAGUCACUCCCAUCUGCCCAGCAAUAAUGACAUAACCAUCACCAGCACCAGCAGUAGCUUCGAGCACAUCCCGGAGCUUAUCGGGGCUCGAUUUUCACCGUACUGCCAACGCAAACAACAACCUCCUCCGUCGUCGUACCGCCCGCAUGGCAUUUAUGAAAAUUUUCCAGCGAAUCGAACUCCACCGUUUCCGGCUGCGGUGGCUACCAGGGACAACGACACCGACAUCGUCGUCGUUGUCAAUCACAAUCUGCCCGGCCAUCGCCAUCAUCAUCUGGAUGAGUUCCCGCAACCGUACGACGUUGUGGACAUGAAUGCGUUUCGGCAGCAGCAGCAGCAGCAGCCCCAACAACAGCAACGAUACAAAAAGGCAGUUAAACGUCCGUUACCAAGGGUACCGGCAAUGGGUUUGAUGGUGGAACCACCGUCGACGACGACGACGUCGGAUUCGAUGCAAUUGGCGCCACCGCCGCCAGUGCCACCGUUGCCAUCGGCGGCUGCCAUGAAGGCGGUCGCGACCGCGGCCAUUGCCACCAUCGAGUACGGCGAGGAGGACGACCAGGAUGCUGCUGACCGGCGGAAGAAGAGUUCAUUGACCAGGUGCUAUCCCACAAAGACGAACCAGAACCAACAACAGCAACAACAACAGCAGCAGCACCACCACCACCAGGUCACAACGCCAACCUCGUACCGGACCGAAUACGAACUGUCCGGUUCGUAUGUAUCGCUCGAAUGUCCCUCGCCACCCGGGCCACCGCAAUGCUUGACCGAGAACAACCGACGGGAUCCGCAGGCCCGCUUGGCCCGAAGCCUCCGGAACCUGUACACCGAACUGGCCCUCAAAGAACCGGUCCUGCCCACGUGGGUGCAACCGGUGGCCCCCGGGCUACUUUGUCCAGCCCGGCUGGAACCAGAACUAAGACUGCACAUCCAUUCGCACGGGCUGAACGAGUGCAUCUCGGUCGACCAGAUCCUGGCCGCCGUUCAGUCCAAGGAUGGACCCUUCCUGGAAGCGCCCCGCCGGGUGCUGAUCGAGUGCCCACCGUGGGUCACUCGUAGUGCCCUCGCUCUCCGGAUACUGCACGCCUGGAGCCGGGAACCGCCGUGGCCUCCGCGAGGUCAACCUGUAGCGUUAGCACUUUUUAUACCGUUAAACGAGCUCAAGGGUUCGUUAGCCAGUUAUGUAGCGAAGGAGUUAUUACCUCGGGGUACGCAGAAUCCGUUUGCGUCCGGGUUCGGGGGUUUCAACGCCGCGUGGAACUCGUUGGAAUCGUUGAAGAGCAAACUGCUGAUUGUGCUGGACGGAUACGAUGUACAGAGUAAGUCCCGUAAGAGCAAAUCCGUGCAGAAGGAUGUGACUGAUCUACUGGAGGGAAGGUUGUUCCCCGAAGCCAGGGUUAUACUGAUCAGCGUGACUUCUUCCUGUGGGGAGUUGCUUCCACUGAUGCAAAGGCACAUCACAUUCGAAGGGAUUACGUGGGGUCGGUCGGUUUCCUUACUAGGUGGAGGUCAAUGGGGAGCUCCAACAAGGUUGAUUGAUUGUGUUCAAGACUGUAGACAUCUACGAAAUAUAGCUAGGACAUCGCUAGGAUGCCUAGCCAUCUCGGCUAUCUACGCAUCAAGCGGAGGUGAACUUCCCACUGACGAAAUCGACGUAAUCGCAUCCGUGUUCAACUGUGUUGCAAACAAUUCUUCGCAUACUCAAGUUACGGAGCUAGGAAGACUCGCUUUGUUCUGCCUCAAGACGAAGAGAUCAACAGUCAGCUCAGCAGAAUUGAAAAUGUACUGUUCGUCACCGGAAACCAACAUAAUCGGAUGCUUGGACAAGGCUCCAGUUUUUGGACGAACGUCGCGGAGAAAAUCCGAGUUCUGUUACACCACCAUCUGCCCUGGAAUUGCAGAGUUCCUUGCUGCCAACUAUAUCGUAUCGCUAGCCAGCCGACCAGGGCUACUGGCAGCUGAGGUAGCUGGACUAGCCAUUGGAGACGAAGUAGAACCAGAAAUCCUCAAAGUCCUAACUUAUGCAAUGUCUCUGCUGGGCUCGCGAGCUCAUUUAUUACUAUCCAAGCUUACACCUCUUUGGCUCAGCCCACAAACCAUAUUCUCUCUAGCCCUAGCCGGUGGUGAAACCGAAGCAAAUCUCACUGCCCUUUGUGAAAUCCUAGGAAUAUCCAAAUCACCUCCAAUACCACCGCUAGAGGCAAAACCCAUCUGGGUGCAAAUCAAGUCCACUCCCUCGGAGCUUCAGGGUUGGGGUCUAGCACUCAAAAGUCCUACCUGCACGCUCAAAAACCUAGAACUAGUCUACCAGAUCGAGAAGAACAUGCUGCUCGAGUCACGAAACGUCAUGGACAUCUUCCUCGACGCCCUAUCUAAGAACGAAAGCGUCACAACACUCCGGAUUACUUCCCUAAUUGAAAACGAAGUUCGAGACUCGGACAUAAAUUAUCUAGCAACUUGCAUAUCGAAAACCGUACUGAAACCAAGACUGGAAAGCUUCGAAGUCAUUCUGACGCUGCUGGAGGAGGAUCCUCCCAUCCUGAAGUUGCAAUCCGUAGUGACGGGCCUUUGCCGAACUGUUCCUCGACAACCAAAGCUGAGCAAUCUCAUUCUCGAUCUAGGCCUGUGCACUUCGCAACUGGUUCAAAUCUGCUCCAUGCUCGAGAAAUGUCCUCACGUCACGAGACUGUCCUUCCCACAUCUACGCUGUGAACGGGGAGCCGUCGGAGCUCUGGCAAGCCUCUUGCACGCCCGGCCUCUUUCCUAUCUUGCGCUAGCAUCUAGUUGGGGAGCUCGGGAUGAUCCACCAUCGUCCAGUGGCGUAAGUAUGGGUUCCGGCUCUGGCAGUAGCUCUGGUAACUCGGGCCUUAUCAAACAAUCCUCUCUAACCGGAGCCCCCUCGCCUCGCUCCUACCCAACCGGAAUUUUUUCCUCACUGCCUCGAGGCGUACUGAAUUCCACAUCGAACAUGGGCCGCUCGGCCACUCUCCCCCGCCAACCCAUGGAAGGACCUCCGGAUAAACGAAGUACAGAUUCGGUCAUCUCCCGAACGUGGUACCCGACUCCAGCAUGCGACGGCGGUCCUCACAAUUCCGGAACACUCCACGAAUUGCUGCUCGCGGCCCGAGACUCGUACUCUCGCCUGCACGGCUUGGACCUCAGUAAAGCACAACUCUCGCUCGAGGACUCCAUGUGCCUGGGUGAAACCGUUCGCGUCUCCACCAACCUGCACUCCAUCAAAUUGGAAGGUGCUUCACGUCUCAGUGAGAUCCUUCCGACCGUGCUUGGGGCAAGCGAAUCACCCAGUUUGCAAAUGCUCAGCCUUGGAUCGCCUCGAAUCGCGCUGGAGGAUGCCGCCGUUGGAAUGUCAGCUCGUGCCUUGGGCAGUUGCAUCACGCUAAGACUGCUUAGUUUGGACGGAUGGAGCUUCAGGAUAGAGAAUGUAGGGACGCUGGCCUCGGUGCGGGGCUUCCUGUCGUUGACUUCGAUCCGUGAACUCGGCCUCAACAACUGCCGGUUGAACCUGUCCAUGUUUAGGAGCGACGUCCAAAUGCCAAGCAGUGCAUACGAAUGCCGUUCGGUCGUGAACCUGAAGAUGGCGGGCGCUCAGAUGAUCUUCUCCGAUCACGUCUCGAUGAAGGGACCUCACAUGCUGCCGUACUUGGCCGGUUUCGUUAACCUACGAGAGCUGGAUCUCUCGGCACCGUCGCGCACCGGUCUCGGUAGCACCACCACCAACCCGUUGAUCAUUUCCGACAAGGACAUGAUCAGCUUCUUCACGACGCUCAACGCUCAUUUCAGCUCGCUCAACACCCUCAAGAUCUGCAACUGGAUCGUGCAUCUGGACGACGUGCACCGAACGCUGAAGUCCCUUUCGAAACUGUUCAAAUCGAGCCCGUUGAGUCACGUCAAGCUGGACGGAAUCAUUGUGCUGGAUCGACCGAAGAAGCAACGGAUCGAGUCGAUGUUCAUGCACGCCCUGCUCGGAUCGCUGCCGCAGUUGCGCUGGCUCGGUAUAACCAUGGCCGGCAUGAACGACGAACAGAUCGCUGCCCUCGGGACGUACUGUGCCGAUAUUCGCGGCAUGGAGAUCGAUAUCAGGUUGUGCGAUUCGACGAUCGAAAAUGCAAGAUUAAUGACGCACCCGCUCGGACUGGACGGCAAGUUUGAUAUACGGGUGUCGACGUUCGGGACCUCCAACAGCAUCCUGGUCCACAUCGAGAAGACCUCGACCAAAAGCUUGUCCCGCAAGUGAAAAAUGAACGAGCGCCACCGAAGGAAGGACCUCUCCUCCAAGUAAUAAGAUCUUCCUUUGGACAACGUGGUGGCGUCGCCAUCAAGAUUAACGGAAAGAACAGCGGCGAAAAGAUUUUACGUUUAGGAAGCACGCCGUCGCCGUCACGCAGCAGCGCUAUCGAUGUCUUUCCUCUUGUCAUGUAGUCAUUUUUCAUCUGGUUUCGUGUAUACAGUUGAAAGGGGUAGCUACGUAAAGGACUUGCUUUUGUGGGCGGUAAACACCUAUCUGCAAGGCUCGGGCAUCUCUUUACUUACAUAUUGCGAAAGAUUCAAACAGGAAUUAUUUACUAAGUUCAAAUAUUUCACUUGCUAUUUCACCGGAAUUUCUCAAAGGAUUAUUUUAGAAAAUCUUGGAUGAAUUUCUUCAGAAUUUCCUCACAAAUUCUUCCUGGAAAUUCUUUAGAAAAUGCAUCUCUUCAUUGCCUCAGAUAUUCCAUCAAGAAUUUCUCCAGAAAUUACUCCAACAACUUUAAGUCGAUUUCAUUGGUUCCUUCCCGACUAGAAGAUUCUAACAAAAAUAUAACAUAAUUAUGAUUAUGAUAUAACAAACCAUGAUAUUUAUAACUCAUUGUGAUAUAAUCAUGUUUAACAUCAUUGGUGUUUGAAAAUAUUAUAACUCAAUUGUAUCAUAUUAUGUUAUAAAUGUUGUUCAAUUACUCAUUGUGGAAUAAUUUAGUUCUAAUUCUUUGACAUUCAGAACAUCAUUUUACACAAUUGUAUCAAAAUAUGAUAGAAACUAGUUUUCUUGAAGCUAAAAUAUCAUAUUGUGUUAUAAUUUUGUUCUGAUUAUAACAAAAUAGAUUAUUAUUUGGAUUAGACCGGUGUACUUUUUGUUACAGUUUUGGUUAUUUCAACAUCAUCCUGCAUCUAGUUCAUAACAAAAUAAGUUAUAGAAAAAAAUCAUAUCAUCAUAACACAAUGUGUUAUAAACUUGAUAUAUUUUUCUAGUCGGGUUCUCUCAAGCAACACACAUGUCACAGAAGUGCCACGACAGCGCAGGUUUUGGUUAUAAGGAGUUACUCCAUCUAUUUCCUAGGAAAUUUCAAUUCCCCUAAGACUAACUAUUAAUUUUUCCACGGAUUCUUUACGGAAUUCAUUCAUAUACAUUAUAGGAAUCCCUUUAGAAAUAUUUCAAGAGCUUUUUUCAUAGGAAUCUUUACAGAAGUUUAUCUGCAUGUUUCUCCAGGUAUUCAUGAAGACAUUUUUUGAAAUACAUUCACAGACUGCUCCAGGAAAAUGUUCAAAAAAAAAAACAUCAAAGAAUUGUAUUAAAGGAUUUCUUUAUGAAUUUUCCUAAAAAUUCCUUAACUUUCUUUUCUAGGAAUUCCACCAAGGGUUUCCCGAACAGUUUCUUCAGAAAUGUAGAAAUGGGAAUUCCUAUAAGAAUAUCCCUGAGACUCCUUAGGAUAUUCUUCUAGAGAUCCGUUCAGAAGUAUUUCCUGUGAUUUCUACAGGGAUUCAACUGAAGAUUUUUUCAGAAAUUCUAUCAGGGAUUCUUUCAGAAAUUACUGGUCGAAUUGCUUCUAAAAAUAUUUCAUCAAAUCAUUUCUAGAUUCUUUCGAAAUUAAACGCCAGAGACUUCUUCAGAAUUUUAGACAUUUCUUCAGAAAUAUCAGCAAUAGAUUUCUUCAAAAGUACUUCCAUGGAGUUUUUCAGAAAUUCCGCAAAAAAUGUCUUUAAAAAUCCUACAUUGAUUGCUUCAGAAGUUCUUCUAAUGGUUCCUCGAAAAAUUCAUGGAAAAAAUCUUUCUUUUUUUCCUGCAGAAAAAAAUUAAAUUCUUCCUGUGGUUCCGUCAGAAAUAUCUAUAUUACUUCCGAGAUUACUGUAGGAAUUGUUUCAGAAGAUCUUUUUCAGAAGAUUUUUUUCAGAAGUUCUUCCAGAAAUUUCAAAAAAAUUGCUGGAAGAAUUCUUGAAAGAAUCCCUGAUGGAAUUUCUGAAGAAAUCCCUGAAGAGUUUUCUGAAGGAAUCCCUUAAAAAACUCCUGGUGCUAUCUAUGAAGAUUUCUAAAAGAAAUUUUUGAAAAUUGUCUGGAAGGAUUUCUGGACAUAAUAUUCUGGACCAAUUUCUGAAGUUAUCUUUGGAGGAAUUCCUGGAUGAAUGGCUGGGAGAAAACCUGAAAAAUAUUUAAAAUGACUCCUUAAUUCCAAGUAUUUAGAAAAAAACGCGAGAAAAUUCCGGAUAAACUCUGGAAAUAAUUUAAAAAAAUGCCUGAGAAAUUUCUGAAGGGAUUCCUGAAAAAAAUGUCUGCAAAAAUCGCAGCAAAAAUUGCAGAAAAGGGUACUUGUGAAGUUCUUGAAAAAAAUCUUCAAUAAAUUUCUGCAGGUUUCCUGGAGAAUUCUCUGAAUGAGUCAUUGAAAGAGCUCCUAGAGAUACCACUGGAGGAAUUCUUAGAAGAUUUUUUGCCUUUCUCGUACACCGAAAUGUACUGAAAGGCUACAGUUCACUCAAAAAUCGAAUUUUCAAUAGAAGGCUCGGAGGGUCAAGUCACAUAUACCAAUCAACUCAGUUCGACGAAUUGAGAUGAUGUCUGUAUGUGUGCGCAAAAAAAGUUCACUCACUUUUAAGGCACUUCCCAUUGGCCGAUUUUUCGGAUUAUAGCCCGAAUCGAACCUGAAUUUUACCGCAUUGUUUGCUAAUGAAAAUGGUCCGAAUCGGUCAAGGCGUUCCGGAGUUAUGGCCAUUUGAGUGAUCCGGACCAGCACCGGUAUAACUGGCCGUAUACAACAAUGAACCAAGCCCCAUCAUGCGGCACAUCAAACUGCGACGAUUUUUGUUACCUCUAGCAUGGUUGACGAAUUUUGUGCAGAAAACAUCACUGGAGACCAGAAAUUCCACGAUGUCGGCCCAAAAUUCAAGAUGGCAGCCGAAUAUUCAAGAUGGCGGCUUCAAAUUCAAGAUGGCGGCUGUUUAAUAUAGCUUAGGCUCUAAAAUCAUGCAGUAUGGGUAUAUUUGGUAUGAGUAAGAUUUCCGGAGUCCAAAAAUGACGACCACAAUAAUCCACGAUGACGGUCUAAAAUCCAAGAUGGCUGCUCCAAAUUCAACAUGACGGCUGUUUAAUGGUGUUUAAGGUACUAUAACCAUGCAAUAUGAGUAUAUUUGGUAUGAAGAAGAAAUCUGGACUCCAAAAAUGACGUCCACGGCUCCAAAUUUAAGAUGGCGAUUGUUUAAUGGACUUUUAGAGGAUAAAAAUAUCCAAGAUGGUGUCUCAAAAUUCAAGAUGGCAACUGUUUAAUGGAGUUUUAGGACCUAAUCCAUGCAAUAUGGGUAUAUUUAGUAUGGGGAAGAAGCAAGGGAAGAAGUCUAGACUCCAAAAAUGAUGACCAGAAUUUCCAAGAUGGCCCAAAAUUCAAGAUGGUGACAGUUUAAUGAAGUUUUAGGCUUUAAAACCAUGCAAUAUAAAUAUAUAUGGUAUGGGUAAGAUGUCCGGAGUCCAAACAUGGUGAUUAGAAUAUCCAAGAUGGCAGUCUUAAACCCAAGAUGGCGACCCCAGAUUCAAGAUGGCGGCUAUUCAAUGGUUUUUAGAUUCUAAAGUCAUGCAAGCAAUAUACCCAUAUAUUUGGUAUGGGGAAGACGUCUGAACUCCUAAAAUGGCGACCAGAAUAUACAAGAUGGCAGUCUAAAAUGCAAGAUGGCGGCUCCAUAUUCAAGAUGGUGGCUGUUUAGUGGAGUUUAAACGCUCAAACCAAGCAAUAUGGGUAUAUUUGGUAUUAGGAAGAUGUCCGGAGUUCAAAAAUGGCGACAAAAAUAUCCAAGAUGGCGGUUGAAAAUCCAAGAUGGCGGCUUAACAUUCAAGAUGGCGACUGUUUAAUAGAGUUUUAGGAUCUAAAACCAUUCAAUAUGGGUAUAUUUGGUAUGGGAAAGACAACUGGAGUUCAAAAAUGGCGACCAGAAAAUUCAAUAUGGCGUCUCAAAAUUCAUGAUUGCGGCAGUUUAAUUGAGUUUUGGGCUCUAAAACCAUUCAAAAUGAGCAUAUCUGGUAUGGGGAAGAAGUCUGGAGUUCAAAAAUGGCGACCAGAAUUUCCAAUAUGCCGGACAUAAAUCCAAAAUGGCGGCUCAAAAUUCAAGAUUGCGUUUUUUUUUUUCAAAAGUUUAAGGCUCAAAUAUCAAGAGCCAGAAAAACGAUAUGUUUUCUGGUGCCAUGAAAUGGAUGUCUGUUAAACGUAUAAAAGUGUGAUAUUCAUCAACAUGUCAUUUGAGUUUUGUUGAAAUGGGUUUUCGAAGGCACGAGAAAGACGCCAUCACCGCUAGGUGGAUUGAUUUGUGUUUUUUUGUACAAUAAUGAAUUACUACAACAUGAAGUACUACCUCGAGAAAUAUCUGAAGGAAAUCCUAUAGAAACAUCCUGGCGAUAUUCCUUAGAGAAUCACUGAAAAAACCUCUGCAAAAUUUAUUUUUCUGGGAAUCUUUGAAAAAAUAUGCCUAGAUGAACUGAUGAACCCUCUGGAAAUCAUUUUUUUUUUUAUUCUUUAACACAUACCAAGUAAUAGAUUCUGUAGUAAUUUCUGCAGAAAUUUCUGAGGGAUUAUUUGGAGAAAUACCGGCAAAUUUCUGACUGAAUCCCUCAAGAAUGGCCUGAAUAAAUCCCAAGCAAUGCCUGGAGAAAUGACUGGAGCAACUUCUGGAGAAACCUCUAGAGGAACUUCAAAAAGAAUCUCUUGAGAAUUUUCUAGAGGAAUUUAUAAAUAAAUACACGAGAUAAUUCCUCAAUAUAUGAUGUAAUACAUGAAUGAACCUGUGUAGAAAUUCCAACAAAAAUUUCAGAACUUUGGUACAACAGAAAUUGGACGAUUAAUUCUGUGCUGUUCAAGAAGAAUAUAAUCGAUAUUUGUUGGUCGUAGUAAUCCUUGAAUUAUUUAACUUUCAAUAAAUCAUUCUAGUUUGUCAUUCCGUUGCAACCACACGUGUUUUCCUUCAGGUUAUGGGCCUGUGGCCCCAUAGGAACGGAAAAAAAUCACCCACAUAAAGAACCGAAGAAAUUGUAAAGAAUGAACAGCAGCAGUUCAGAUGCAAUUCCAGGCGCCGGAGGGCAAGCCAGAAUAGCAGGAGCAGGAGGCCAGCAAGCGGAUUCCAUUGGAGCAACACCGGUGGCGACGAAUUCAAGAAUCCUACCUGCAGCGGGAGGAAGCUCAUCACUGCUAUUGGAGGAGCGGUAACGAGGGCAGGAAACUACAGUUCCUGGACCUUCGCAAUUAAAACGGUGAUGACCAGAGAAGGUACGUGGGCGGCUAUCAACACGGAAAACACGACAGAAAAGCUUUCGGAGCGUGCGCUUGCAUCCAUUUGCUUGAGCAUCAAUCCGACGAACUUCAGCCUUGUCCAGAACGCUGCAAUGGGCAAGGAAGCAUGGGACAGUUUAAGGGCUGCAUUCCAGGACAGCGGAUACAUCCGGGAUUUCGCACUACUUCGGCAACUGACCGGAGUUAGUGGAUUGCGCUACGGUGGAGGACUACGUCAACCAACUUAUAUGUCCAUCAGGUACAAAUUGGCGCGGAUUGGCUUCGAGGUAAACGAUCGGUAUGAGCUCAUGACAGUGAAUCAAAAUUCAACCAUCGUGCAACAAUAAUGACAAUGUCGCAACCUGUAUUUGUUGCGACAAACAAACCCAUGCGACAUAAGUUUGUCCCAACUUGAAAAUAAUGGGAUUAACAUCGUACACCACGAGUUUAGAGAUUUUUAAGCCUUGCAUUGCGAUUUUCGAACGGUAACUUCGAAUCGAUAAACACUGCAACUCUGGUGAAGCUCUAUCAUCAAACAGUUUCGACUUUGGGUUAGUAAUAAUUGAUUAUUCACGAGUUGAAAAGUACGCAACAAAUUCAGCUUCCGUUUUGUCUGCAACAAAAAAAUUCGAGAUCAUGUCAUUAUCCGUUACCAGUAGGGAUAAAGAGUAAUCGUCGCACCUUCUUUGUUGCUUGUUUUGUGCCUCUUUUGUCUGACAAUUCUCUUCACUGGCUCAUGAUCAUGGGCCUGGAAGCGUCCGGGAUCCAGAUGCGAGCAGAUACGAUACGUGCGAAGAUUCUUUAGGAUGAGAAGUGGCCUGGCGAUUGUGGAAGCGAGUCUGGACGGGCAUUCUAUGGCCAACCCGGAGCGAAAUCAAAGUCAGUGAAACCGAACAAGAACAACGUGAAGUGUUUCCGGCGCGAGAAGGCAAAAUGGAGCCACGAGGACACCGCAAAGGGGAGCAACAAGCACAAGCACUCGGCGUUCAUGGUCCAACAUCGUCGUGAAAAUCCGCAUGAAUAGAUUUUCGAUUCCGACACGUCGUCCCACAUGUUUCGCGAAAAAGCAAUCCUGAAAGAAGCACAAGAGGUGAGUGAGUGGUGUCAUAGUUGCAAACAACAUGGAGACACCAGUCGUUGCUAAGGGCAACGUGGUAAUCAAAGCCGACUUGGAUGAUGCAACCGAAGUGCUAGAUGUUUCGGAUGUACUGUGCAUUCUUGAACUAGCGAUGAAUAUUCUAUCCGUGCACAAGAUCUGCAAUCGUGGUCAUCAAGUGGUAUUAUCCAAGGACGUGAGAGGACAUCAAAAUAUGGCAUCAUCGCAUGGGAUUCGUUAGAAUACACGCAGUAUGGUCGGUGAUAUGCAGUUCGACGAAUCCGAUAUGCCGACGUGCAUUCCGUGCUUGGAAGGGAAGCAUAAACGUCAUCCGUUCAAAUUCCAAGGGGCCAGAGCAGCAGAGGUGUUAGAACUCUUCCACAGUGAUCUGUGUGGUCCCAUGGAAACGACUUCCGUAGGAGGCAGCAAGUACUUCCUUACCUUCGUCGACGAUUGCAGCAGGAAGUGCUUCAUCUACUUCAUUCGAUCGAAGACGGAAGUGCUGGAAUGCUUCUAAGAUUUUCAAGCAUAUGCAGAGACCCAAACAGGUAGGCGAGUGAAGCGAUUAAGAAGUGACAACGGGACGGAGUACGUGAAUUAUGGCAUGAAGCGAUAUUUGCGGCAAUGUGGAAUCCGACACGAAACCAGUGUGCCGCAUAAUCCGGAGCAAAAUAGUCUGGCAGAACGGAUGAACCGGACCCUCGUGGAACGUGCUCGUUGCCUUCUAUUUGAUGCAGGAUUGGACAAAUCGUUUUGAGCCGAAGCGGUUGGAACAGCUUGCUACCUCGUGAACCGUUCACCAACGAAAGGUCUUCAAGUGACCCCGGAAGAAAAGUUCAGCGGAAAGAAGCCGGACCUAUCCAAUCUGCACGUUUUCGGUACGAGAGUGAUGACGCACAUGCCGAAAAUACAAGGGAAGAAAUGGGAUCCGAAAUCGGAGCAAGGCAUCUUUGUCGGAUACGCAGCGGGAUCGAAAGGUUAUCGAGCCUACAAUCCGAAAUCCAGGAAGGUGUAUAUGAGUCGGGACGUUGUGUUCCUGAACGAAGGCAGCAGCGAAGAACGACUGAAAGCUCCCGAACCAGAGAUGCUACAGUUUCGAAUGCUAACAGUGGACAUCGACCCGGAAUCCGAGCAAGGUGGAGAAGCUACCGUAGCAGAUCCAUUACCAGCGAAUGAAACUGGCGGCGAAGUGAUGUCGGACCCAUCACAAAUUGCGCUCCCUCCACAACCAGAGGACCCCCAUUGCAAUGUGGGGUAAGGCGCAGUGGCAGGGAGCGCCGUAUCCCAGGCAAGUACAAUGAUUUUCAGUUGAGCUCCAAUGCCGUCCCUCAAAGCAUUUCCCCAUCUCAGGUACUUCUGGAUGAACCGCAGUCGUUUAGAGAAGCGAUGCAAAGCGAUGACAGUAGCCGAUGGUAUGAAGCAAUGAAAGCGGAGAUGGAAUCCCACAGCAAUAACGGGACGUGGAAGCUGUGCGACCUGCCGGCGAGGCGGGAGGCCCUGAAAUCGAAAUGGGUGUUCAAGCUGAAGACGAAAGCGGACGACUCGAUCGAGCGGUACAAAACGCGAUUUGUGACGAAGGGCUUCUCGCAAAUCAAAGGAGUCGACUAUGGAGAAACCUAUUCUCCAGUGGUCCGAUACUCCACGGUCCGCUACCUGAUGGCAGUAGCAGCGAGGUUAGGAUUGAAGAUCCACUAACUCGACGCAGUGACUGCCUUUCUUCAAGGCGACUUGACGGAUCAGGAGAUCUACGUGGAGCAACCGGAAGGCUUCGCAAUCCCCAGCGGCCAGGUGUGUCGUUUGAAGAAAGCGCUCUACGGGCUCUAGCAAGCGAGUCGCGCAUGGAACAAGAAGCUCGAUAAUGUACUCAGGAAAAUCGGUCUGCAGCAAUCGAAGAUGGACUCGUGCGUGUAUUUCCUGAUCGACGGCGACAAGAUUCUCAUCGUGGCCGGGUAUGUGGACGAUUUGUUGGUGUUCGCCAACGAUGAUGAAAUAGUCGACGCGUUGAAACAGCAGCUAAUGAUCCGGUUCCGGAUGAAAGAUCUUGGCUACGCGGAGCAGAUCCUCGGAAUGCGGGUCACACAAGUUGACGGGAGGAUCACACAGGAUAAGGAGAAGUACAUCGAGCAACUGCUCGAACGGUUUGGAAUGAAUGACUGCAAUCCCGUUUCCACGCCGUUCGAUGCAAGCCAGAAACUGAGCAAAGAAAUGAGCCCGAAAUCGCCCGAUGAAAUCGAGAGGAUGGCGAACGUACCUUUUCGCGAACUCGUCGGUGGAUUGCAGUUCGUGGCUCAGUACACCAGACCGGAUAUAGCAUUCGCGGUCAAUGCAGUCAGCAGUUACAACAGCAACCCGGGAGAAGCUCCCUGAACGGCAGCCAAACGCAUUCUGCGGUACCUGAAAGGAACGAAGGAUAUGAAGUUAGUCUACAGUAGCGAAAGUGAAGAAUCGUUCCACUGGGGAAACGAUCCAGAGACCAGACGGCCCGUGACAGGCUACGUUUUCAAGCACUCGGGCGGUGCAGUUGCAUGCAGCCGCAGAAGACAACCCUCCGUUGCUCUCUCCACGACGGAAAUAGAGUACAUGGUGAUCGCAGCCGCCGGCCAGGAAGCUCUAUGGUGGCGCUCAUUCCGAGCAGAGCUCAGUGGCCUCACAACCACAGUUGAAAUACGUUGCGACAACAGAAGUGCAAUGUGUUUAGCCGAAAAAGAAGUCGGUUACUCGGCGCGGACGAAACACAUCGAUCUGCGUCAUCAUUUUAUCAGGGAGCAAUUGGAGCAGAAAACAAUCGUCCUUCAACAUGUUCGUUCAGAAAACCAAUUGGCAGAUUCCCUGACGAAAUCAGUUGCGUUCCCGAAACUUCGAGAAUCCAGAAGAUCCCUCGGGGUUUCUCAAAUUCAGGGUUAAGGGGGGAUGUUGGUCAUAGUAACCCUUGAAUUAAUCAAGUUUUAAUAAAUCAUUCUAGUUUGUCAUUCCGUUGCAACCACACGUGUUUUCCUUCAAGUACAAUACAAUUUUGUUUGACGACAUGACUCCAAACUAUUACAGUAUUAUUUGUGCUGAGUGGCAGCCCAGGUGUCAAUCUGAAGCUUUACGAAACAGUUGGAAAAUGAAGUCAUGUGAUGCUCCAGUGCGAGCUAACUCAUCAGCCAAAUCAUUUCCAGUGAUGGAAAAAAGGCCAGGCACCCAUACAAGGUGAACAGCGUUUGCUGAAUUCAGCUCCUCGAUUUGAGUUCGACAAGCGAUAACUAUCUUCGAGUGAAUCUUCAUACUUGCACCAACACACUCUUACACAUUUUUUAACAAAGGUACCACCUUAACUCAACAGGUGGCGGUACCGUCGGUGACGCUUGUUGUUUGUAUGAGAAAAUAGCAAAGUUCCAUGUUUUUUUUUUGUGAUAAAGUAGUUUUUGAUGACAUUGUAUGUAUUUGAAUGCUAGCACGACAUACUCAAAUAAGACUGUUACAAAGCGACAUGUGAAUAGUGUGGCAAGUCAAAAAUGACAUGGAGGGAAAAAAAUGGGUUAAAAAAAGUUUAGUUAUUCCGCCCACAAAAGCAAAUUCGAUUAUACUACUCUAGCAAACAAAAUUGUGUAAAGCAUCAUGUGUAACUUUUUAAACACAGGUCAAGUUAGUAAAUUAAGUAGGCGUCUUUUCGCUUGCUGUUUUUUUUUGCAUCCAUGGACUUCAGUUACCUCAGCUUUGUAACCAUGGUUUUCCGAACAGUAUGCAAAAAAUCUCAAGAAGAAUGGUGGAAAUCGAUUAAGACAACAGGACUUUCACAUAUGUAUUGCUACAGCUCCCUUUUUCAUCUAAGUUAAGCAUACUCAAACAGUAUCCUCGUCCUAACUCUCUCAGCAAAACUGUCGCUCUAUCUUCCAAAAAAACACCGUCAAGCAACUUUGAAAAAAAAAAACAACUUUAAAACUUGCGCUUCUGGGAUUUCUACUUCAAAACAAACCAACUGAUAGUGAAAAACAAAAACUUAGCAACAAAUUACACAUGAAGAAAGAAGACAAUAUUGAAAAUUUUACAAAACGAACAAACAAACAAACAACAACAGUAAAAACGGAAACGCAUUCUAAAGUUGGCCAACACAAACACACACGCAUGCAGUUGUUGAAAAUAUAGGCAAAAAAGUAGUCACAGUUUUGUGGUUCGCGUUUCUUGCGACAAUUUCACUGCAAACACGCACGGACGCAGUUUCGCACUGAUAGUUGAUGAAGGCACAAGUAAGAAAAAAGAGAGAGAUAUGGAACCAAUAUUUAUUGUAUUAUUAAAUCUGCUAUUAUUGUAGGAAUUAAGUGAAAGAAAAAGAAACAGCUUUAACAAAGUUGUUCGGUUUUAGAUUCAAUCGAAACAAUAGAAACUUUUGUACAUGUGUUAUGUUAUUACGUUUCAUUGGAUUUUAAAAGAAACCUUCGAAGGCUACAUUUUACCCACGUUGAAGAUUGAGGAACACGGAUAUUUUGGCAUUCAAUCUGGAAUCGAAAAAUGCACAUAUAUUUUCUUAGAAUUUUAGGGUGUUCCAGAGAAGUCAAACGUUUAUUAGGUCCACCAAAUUAUUUGCAAAAAUAAAAACUGUAUAUCAUAAAUAUUUUAAACGCUGAAUCAAGGAUUGAGAAUCCCUUCGUUGAGUCUAUAGAAAGUGGGAAAGGGCAACCCCAUGCUCAAUUCCCACGACAUAUUCAUACAGGUAGGCUAUGAUUUGUUGUUAGUAUACGUAGGCGCUUGUCAGAAUGAUUUGACGCUAACACGAACACACUCACACACAUACACUGCAGAACAAAACUCGUGUGUGCACUUGAUUAUAACUUCUAUGAAUAAGCAUAAGUCUUGAUUUUUCAUUGGCUUUCGCCAACAUAUUUGCGGAAGAAAUGAAACCAACCCGUGCUCAAAUUUGUUAAAUUGAUUAGAAGAAAAGGAGUAUUUAUUGGGAUUACAGUAGGCAGAAGUUACUAACUGAAAAUGCUGUUAAACAAAUCAAACCAAAUCUAUACUGAAUGUAGUGACGUUUAAAAAGAAAACUUAUGAAACAACUCAUGUUGAACACACGUACUCUCAUUUUCUCAAAAUCGAUGGUUUAAAACAGAUUCACUUUAUCUCGAUGACACAUACUAAUACUAAACUAUGUAAACAGAAGUUCGUUGUAAGAUGAUUAAAAGUGAAAAAGUGGAUUGAUAAAAAACUUUCAGAGACACAAAAAUAAGCACUAGAUAUACACGUCUUUUAGCGGAAUUUGAUAAAGAAGAUAUUUGACAGGUGGACGCAACUGGAUCCGGUGUAGAUGACCUAAGCCAAA